AUGAGGAAACAAGAGCUUCAAAUUCUUGUGAAUUUCCUCGAAAAAGCAGCUUCAAAUCGCGAUGUGGUUGAUCUUAGCGCUAAACUUGCAUCUCUUAGCGCUAACAUGGCUUGUCUUAUGGUAAUUGGAAAGAAAUAUAACAAUGUAGAUGGGGAUUUCAAAGAUAUGGUCAAAGAGACGUCGCGUAUGGCAGCAACGCCAAAUCUUGCUGAAUUAUUUCCCUUUCUUCGUUUUAUUGAUUUCCAGGGAUCGAUUCAUCGUAUGAAACAAAUAGCUAAGAGUUGUGAUGAAUUUUUGGAGAAUGUUAUUGAUGAACAUGCUCGACAAUAUUCGAGUGACCAGUCGAAAACUAGUACAGAUAUGGUUGAUACAUUGAUGGAAAUUAUGCAAUCUGGAGAAGCUGAAUUCGAGUUUGAUCGUAGACAUGUCAAAGCUAUUUUGUUGGACUUGUUGGUAGCUUCAAUGGAUACUUCAUCAACAUCAAUUGAAUGGAUUUUAUCAGAACUUUUCAGACAUCCUAAUGUAAUGAAGAAACUUCAAAGUGAGUUGGAUUAUGUAGUUGGCCAAAAGGGGAUUGUAGAAGAAAAAGACCUAGAAAACCUAGAUUACUUAAACAUGGUCAUAAAAGAAGGCUUUAGGCUCCAUCCAGUUGCACCCUUAUUACUUCCACAUGAGUCAAUUGAAGAUUGCACACUUGAUGGAUUUCACAUACCUAAAGGAUCUCGAGUUUUGGUUAAUGUUUGGGCAAUCGGAAGAGAUCCAGAUGUUUGGCAUGAGCCUGAAAAGUUCAUACCAGAGAG